GUUACUGGAGAAAGGCAGGAUGUGUUGGUUCCAGUGCAAUGGUUUUAAGCUACCUCAAUAUACAAAAAAUUACAGUUGCUAGUUUUAAAUGACUCGAGGUACUGAAUACAGUUAGCCGCGAAGCUGAUGGAUUGCAAGGUCAAAAACCGGCGUUAAGAUUUUUUGUUCCUUUUAUCUUAGCUGUCAUGAAUUUGGAAUAUACUAAAACAUGUAUGAAAUACUCACAGUUCUUUAGAUAUGAACAGACUAUUUCAUAUUGAAAAGCGUUAAAUAAUAUAGAAAGCCAUGUGAAUAUAGACAGUCAAUAAUUGGCGAAAGAAAAGAAAAGAAAACAAGUGCCAAUCAAACACUUUAUUUCGGUAAGAAAAACGAACACUUUUACGUCAUAUGGCGAAAGCAGGAGGAUGUGUUAUCAACACUGCCUACGCACGCGACACCUACCUAUUAGCGCCUACUAGUUCUGAACUAAUAUCAACACACCGGAAUUGUUCAAGUUAUUAGUGCUACAGUGCAGUAAUAGUGGUAGACGGUUAUAUCUUCUUGAAAUCAACUGUACGAAAAAAGAGAUACACGCCACGAAGUAAUCGAGAGCUUUAGCCGACUGAUGCUGCAACCCACGAACGAGAGUAGAAACUGCUCGAAUAUAGGUCCAGAGGUCGACCAUUCUGGACAAAUGAAAUUAGUGCAGUUUGCAUCGUUCUCAAAUCCACAUAGAAGUUAAGAGCUGAAGGCUAUCUAUCAAAUGUGCAGCACUAAUAACCAGUUAGCUGAUUGCCUAGUACUGGAGCAACUGGAGUAGACUAUCAUCAUUUCAUAUUGACAGAUGUCACUUUGUGAGGAUGACAUGACUGUAGUGGGGAUUCCAUCAGCUGAGUGAAGCAGACGGCAAAUGGAGGUGAUUCCAUCUACAGGUGGAGGGAGUGGGGCGAUGCCUUUCCAGCGGCACAACGUGGAGGAAUGGUCGCGCCUGGACAGCCUCACGGGUAUGCUGGAGCACGCCAGGGUCGAGUCGGGGCAUUGGGCGGCCAGCACUUCCAAUAGCAGCCAGCAGUACGGCAAGGUAGUAGAUUCCCGCACCCGUAACCUUGCCGAUGGGAGUGUGCAGCAACGGCAGAGGAAGCAACUGGAAGUGUUUCAGGCUCAGGUUCCCGGAGGGUCACUCCAAGUGAUACGAACCAAAAGUGUGACGAGCACCAAUUCCAGCAGUACCUCCUGGAGAGCACCCUUGCACAGUGACAUCAAUCUGCCUUCUGAGUUUGAAAACCUACAGUUGCCUGUGAAUCCUUUAGACAUAAGUUCUCAGAAGACAAAGGCCAGCAUAGGUCGUAGUGGAUCUAUUGGAAGUCGUCGUCCGCCAUCAAGACCUCGUAGUAUCACCAACAAAGUUGACAGUGUCAUUUCUGAAGAAAAUUUACUUCCAAAUGCUGAGAAGAAGGAUGUGGACCAACGCCUUUCAGAUGUGUCAAGGAUAUGUCAAAAAAUUCAUGAGGAAGCUAAAAGGAGUAUGUCAAAUUCUUUUCCUUGUUCAGUGCCAGAGCCAUCCUCAAAACUGACCAGUCUGAAUGAUAAUAAAGUGAUCAGAACAGAAAACAUAAAUAGAAAAGACAGCACUGAUGGCAACAGAUAUAGUUGCAUAAAGUCAGACAAACAGAAUUCAUUUAAUGCAUUUGAUGCUUUUGUAGACAAGACAAAGAAACCAGGUGAGAUUGUGUCUAAUGGGCUUGUUCAUGCUAUUAUAACAAGAAAUAAGAGUUGUUCUACUGAAGAUCUAAAAAAUAAUGAUUAUAAUGAAAAAGAAAGGCUAAAUGAGGGGAAGGAAAGUUCAGUAGACUUGAUUAGAACUUUGGGUGUGAGGCGAUCAUUUCAGUUGCCAAAUAGAGGAUAUAAUUCAGAUAUUCCCAGUGGAGAUAUCAGUAAGCUUCACCAAGAAUUAGAGGACAAAAAGAUAUUGGACACUAUGAAGAAUAACACUACUAAUUUUGAAGCUUUUGAAAAUGUCUACAGGUAUGGCACUGUCUCGGCAAGAAACACUUCCAUGUUCAGUGGAAAUAACAGGCAAGCAUGUAUUGUUAAUUCACUGACAGAUAAAUCAGGAAAUGGGAGUGAACUGGAAGGAUUCUCCAUGAGAGUUGACUCAACUAAAGGUUCUCCACACAAACGCCAUUCUUUUGUUACUGUAGAAUCUUUGAAAGAAGUUCGAGGCCGACUGAGACACCUUAGCACACCUCCAGCAGAUGUCAUUCAACUCCCAAAUAGUAGUAAAUGUGAAAAAAGAUAUGUGGAAGAUAGUGAUGAUGGAAUUGUGACUGAAGAUUUCAACAAGACAGUCUCAGGAAUGAAUCUUGGGUCAACAGAGGAAAUUCAAACAUCUCGUGUGAAAUCAUAUGUGUAUGACAUGGAAGCUAUAGCAAAUGAGCAAAGCAGUACACAUAAAUCUACUGCUGGCACUGGAAGCCUAGAACUGAAUAGGUCCAGCAGCAGCAGUGGAAACCGAUCUGAAGAAUGGUACAACAGAAGAAAAUCAUACGGCUUUGAACAGGUCCAUAACCAGCAGGCUGAUAACCAUUCGCAACCAGUGACAUUCCAAGAGAGAAGCAGAGUAGAGUCAUCAACUGACAGUGGUAUUUGUAGGUCUUCUGAGACAGUAAUCCCAUCAUCAUGGACCUCAUUUAACAGGGAGAAGGCAAAUGACAAAAUCUGUCACAACAAUUUUAAAGCAAACCACAGUAUUAAAAUAAAACAGGAUAGUGAUGACAGAAGAUUUAUAGAAACAGAAAACAGAGGGAAUGAGAGUAAUUCUCAGAAAGGAAGGAAGAUAGUUGUGACUCUGGGAAGUGAUAAUGAAGGCAUUAGAGGUGGAAUGCAUGUGAAUGGAAGCAGCAUAAUGGAAAGUAGUCCCACGAUUGUAUCAAACAGCUGGAGAAGUGGGUAUGAUGCCAAAGCACUCAACAUUUUGACUACGGGCACAAGCAAUAGAAGUUCCCAUCGCCUUACAGAUCCAUUAACUGUAACAAUUCCAAUUGUUCCUGAUGAUUCGUUCAGUAGUAUUGAUGGAAGUGUUUUUACAGAUGCUAGGAAACGCUACUUAAAACAGUUUCCAGAAAAGGCAAAUGUGAGCAUAGAAAAUGGAUGGAGGAAUUCUGGAACUUUCAUUACAAGUAGAAAUGAGUGUCUCCAGAAAAAUCUUUCAGAUGAAUCAAAAACACUCGCAGCUAGGCGAGAGUUGAUUCUGAAACACAGUGGAGGAAAUGGUUGGUCUGCUGCAUCCAGACAAACAGACAGUGAAAUAAAAAGACAUUCCAUUGCUGUUGAUGAAUCAAAGUAUGUUAAAAAGGAUCUGAAAUGUUAUAAUAUAUAUGACAACAGAACAGAACACUUUAAUUUUGAAAAUGGGUUCAAAACAAGUUCUACUGGUAUUCCAGAUGUUGAAAAAGACACUGGUCUGAAUCCUUCUAAUAAAGAAGAAGCACUGCCUCUUCAAAAGGAAAUGUGUAAUAAAAUACAAACUUCAACUGGAAUGUCCCAGGAUGGUAAUGAUUCUAAACCUGCUCCACUUGCCUUUGAAAAUGAUUAUGGUGAUGAACUCUUGCUUCAGAAUCAUCUAGCAGGUAAAAAACACAAGAAGGUAGAGUUCUGCAAAACUGAGGUCCACUUUGCUGCUGAACCAGGACGUUUUAACAUAGUUGAAACAGAUGAGAAGCCUCCACCAAACAAUAUUAGGAGAAGGAGACGUACCAGUAGUGGUACAAUUUUAGUCACCCCUCACUUACAAGAUGCCAAUAGAAUCAGCCUUCCUGAAAUUCGCUUUGGAGAUUCACCAUAUGAAAAGAAACUGCUUGGUGGGACUGAAUCUAAAAAUAAUUCCCACCAGAUCGCUGUCAGUGUAGACCCCUUUAAUAAAAGCGAUUUAAAUCAAUCAGAACCUAUUACACCUGCUUCAGGGUCUCCUUCUGGUUUUCAAGAUGAUGCAGAUAAAGAUGAUAAUAUUUUUACAUUAGCAAAUGCUACUAUCCCUUCAACAAUGGGGCAGGAUACUUUGGAAAUGGGAGUUCAUAAUACUGAUGAAGAUGUUUGCAGUGAUUCUAACUCCUUGCAGCCAAAUUCUUUAGGUUCAAUUUCCCUAUGUAAUAUGAUGCCUCGUAGCAUAUUAAAAAACAAUAAGAAACCACGCCCUUUUCACUUGGGUGAGACAGAUGAAGAUAUAUUGAUGUCAAGUGUAAGCGAGAAGUCUGAGAGAUCAAAUGAAGAUGCUGAAGUAAAAUGGGGUGUAAGACUUAAGCCUGUACAGAGCAGAGAAUCACCAGCGCCUUCAACAUCCUCAUGGAGAUCUACAGUCACACUACAUAAUCCAAAGUCUGAUGCUCAAAGGCAACAAAAUUAUACUCCAGCACUGAUACUGAAGGAUGUGAGGCUUUCAUCCCCACAGAGCUAUGAGGAGGCGACACAUCUCAGCAAACCACUUAAGUCCCUUCAACCAUCUUUUCAGAAAAUGCCUGCUGUGGGUGCUCUUGGGGCACCAAUUGUGCCAAAAACUCCAUCCACAGAUUCUGUUGGGACAGGCAUGGAAUUGAAAAUUUCAAUGGGUCUCCCACUUUCUGUUGCUGAGAGGGUCCGUCGGGUGGAGGAUCUACAGCAUGCUGCUUUGGAAACCAGAGGGUACUCAACCAGAGUGAACUUUGGUGCUGGAGAAACCACAGUCAUAGAGAGCAGAUCAUCUAAUGAGCAGCAGACGCAGUCCACGCCAGCAUCCCCCAAAUACCAACCAAAUAAUCGACCAAAACCAGUUUGGCUUCAGAGGGAAGAACGAAGACAAGAAGCUAUGCAACACUGUGAUAUCAGGAGUCAGACAGCUUCAGAUAAAGGGCUUGUAGUCCAUAUCUGUAAAAAUGAUGGAAGUAGUCAUGAAGAUGGUCAUGGAUCCCUACAUUCCAGCAUGAAUCCUGAGGACUAUUCCAGAACUGAAGACAUCAAUGGAAGAAACGCAAAGAGAACCACAACAAUCUUCAUAGAUCUUUCUCCAGAUUCAUCAGAUAACCAUGUUACAAAAGUGGGAUUAGUUCAAAAUGAGAUGCUGAAAAUAUCAGGGAAUGAAGAAUGUAGUAAAUCAACAGGAACUUUGCGGUCACCUUCCCUUAUCAUGAAAACAAUCAACAAUUCAUCACAGGCUCAAGAGCAAGAAGAAAACAAAGGGGAAAAUUCUAAUCAACACAUGCAAGGAAAGAAAGGAAUUACCAGCAAUAGUAUCAAUACACAAACUGGAGCCCCUGUUGCUGCUCCAAGGACCAAUAAGAUGUAUAUUCAGUCACAAAACUUUACAAAUAGAUGCAGAAGCAAUUUAUGUGCCAAAAGUGAAGAAAACAAUAUAAAUAGUAAAUUAUUUGUAAAGAGACCUUGCAUAAACUCUCAGGGUGAAGAUGAUAGAAAUACAGAAAUUCUGGAAGCUUCCAGCCAGCUAGCUGCUCUGAAAGAACUGUAUUAUAGCACAGAGCUGAGCGAUGAUAGUGAGCGUGCAGAUGAAGAAGUUCGGUCAUACAUGAGUGGUGGUGGAGAUGAAGAUGAUAGGGAUCAAGAUGAAGAAUCAAGUAGCGUGGUAUCUGGCAGCUGGAGCAGAAUGAGGGCCUUUCGCAAUAUUCACCAUCAUUUCCACAAGUUCAACACUGGCCACAAAGAUCAUGCUGAUGGUUCACCCAUGUUGAAGCUAGACAGCAGUAAAGAACCUUCUCUCCAGAGGUCUGUCACUGAAGCUAUGUUGCCAUCUUAUAACAAUUCUGGUCGUUUACGUGAGGUGGAGACGUUGGUUAGCACCCAUUCAGGGCAUCCCAAAAUUACGUCUAUAUCACUGCGGUAUGAAGGAGAACAGGACAACGAUCAAUUGCCCAAAGUCUGUGAUAGAAAUCCUGACUGUGAUAGGCAUCAAGCCACCUUCCAUAGUUUGCCUUCCUCUAAGAAGGGAAGUUUAUAUACAACUGAAUUCAAGCAUCCUACAGAUUUUGAAGGGAAUCUAUCUUCUACCACAGUUUCUAAUAAAUCCUACAAGUCACUAUUUUCUCAGCCAAAUGGGAAUUCAAACUCAAGUAAAUCAUUAUUUACACAAAAACAAAAGAGAUUGUCACCAAGUUUCGUUGAAUCUCCAUUUCAACCAGAAAGGGAAACUUCACAGUUUAAAACCAGUGAAAAAGAUUAUGAAAAUUUAAAUCCAAAGAGUACAACAAGAAAUAACUGUGACCCUUUGGACACAGAUCGAACCAUGUUUUUGCUUGGAAGGAAAGUACGCCACCCAGAGACAAAUGAAUUCUUCUCAAAAGGCAGUGGUAAACAAGAGUCAGGUCCUACAGCCCCAUCAGACAAAAGAUUAUCAAAUAACAGAAGGUCUCUCUCUCCUGUAAUGAAUAAAAUGGGGCAUAAAGUUCAAGAGAAGAAGCAAUUUCAUUCUUCUGUUCUGACAGAACACAGAGCUUGUGGUUCUGGCAAUUCUUCAGAUGCCAUCAGAAGCAUAAGGAACGAGAAUGAAGACAUAAAGAAGGAGAGACUCAAUAUCACAGAGGAAGAAACAAAGAAGGGAAGUUGUUUUCAUUCAAAAACAUUAUCAAAUGAAAAUCACAAGCCACUGGAAGGAAGUGAGGAACGUACUAAAAUUAGUGAUCAUUAUAGCAACAGAGAGAAGAGGCAUAGUCAAAUGAAGUCUACUUGUUCUAUAUCUACAAAACGUGAUAGGUCAUUGAGCCCAAGUGAAAUAGUACAUCCACAUACAGGUUUGCCUGGUAACAAGUUGACCAUGUCACCUCUGUAUGAAAACUUGAGAAUGCUGGCUGUAGAACCAACUGCAAAAUCUAAUAGUCAGAAUGUGAUGUCUGAUACAGUAGAAACAGAAUCUGCUAUUUUGGAAGAAUUGACACGGGCAGCAGACCAGAUCCUACAGGCUGUGAAUGGCUACACAGAUGAAGAGUCUUACAAAGCAAGUAGUGAUGAGCCUGAUGAUGAAAUUGUGAAAGAUGGCAGGAAAAGAAGAGGAAACAGAUGUGGGAAAGUGCGAAGACCAUCAGUCAGCCUUGGUACAAUCACAGAAGGCGCAUCUUCUAAAAAGCAUCAAGAAACAGGGAACAGCACUUCAGAAUUAUAUACCCAUAAAAGUACAGCCAGUGGUAGGAAGAGCCACCAGCGCUUAACAAAGACACGUCUACUUCCCACAUCUUCGACAUCUUCAGUGGAGAGUUUGACAAGAGAAAUCCCUCAAGUGCAGACAAGAGCACUGUUGAAACAGAAAGGCACAAGUAGUAUCAAUAAUUGUAACAAAAGCAGGGUGUCAAGUAGUUCAACAUCUAGCACAGCCGUCAAGCCUAGUUGCAGGACAGUGAGACUGUUGCAGCGUGCAAGUAGUCGUGAACUGCUAUUGCAGACUUAUGCAAGUUCCUCUGAAGAUGUUGCAUCAGGUGUCGAGGGAGGUAACAACAGGAAACCAAUGGUUCCACGACGUACAAAAAUUCAUAACACCAGCAAUAAUAAGACUGAUCAUGCUAAAACUAAUUUAAAGAAAAAUACAAUAUCACCAGAUUCUCAUCCCUCACCAUCAGCAACUGCACAGCCAAGAAAGAGAGAAGCAGACAUUAACAAACCCAGAGAAAGAUUUCCUGGGUCUACUAACAAAGCCGUUCCUUUGGCAAGGAAGGUGAAUGGUGAUGGAUCAGGCAGCCCAAGUGGAGUAAAGCACCAUACUUCCAGGACUAGAGAGGAUGAGAGGCAUCAAAGGGGAAGUAACAGGCCUACAACUAGGAGAGACAAUACAGAUCUCAGACACAGAGCUCAAGGAGGGGGCACAACAACACUGGAGCCAGGUGGUUGUGAUAAGAAGGAGAGGGCUGUCAUAUAUGAACGACAUGUGAUGGGAACCAUGGGUGGUGUCAAUCGAUCUUCUGCUUCAUGCACCGUGACCAAGAAGAAACCAGGCUUGGCUUCUAGUCACAGAAAAGGAUUCCGGCAGAUAAAAGCAACAAAAUGAGUUCUGUGGAAGAAAUUAUUUUUAUUCCUGAUAUUACUCAGAUCUCUGAGGAACUAGGCUUCUAACCUUGUUUUCAAUCUUUCUUUUUAAUAUUUGUGACAAUAUUUGUUUUGAGGUGAACAGAGCAAGUAUUGUAUAAAUAUUAAGUAUUUAAGUUUUUCAUAUUUCAUUUGUUUGAACUGCAAACAUACAUUUCAUUAAGUUAUAUGAUAUGAAGUGCUUACUUAAUCCCUCUGCUUCAUAACUGUAUCUUCAUAGAAUUUAUAGUUCAAAAAUAAAUAUUCAGUUAAAAUCUGUUGUAAUGAUACAAAAGAAACAUGAUAUUUUUUGUUAUAAGCAUCCUCAAAACCCUUCAGCAUAAGGAUUUGUUCUUUAUUGAUUUAUUCAAUGACAGUGUGCCCACAAUUGAAGUUAUAUAUCAUUGACUGAGAAAUAACAAGCAAAUAAUGAAACUAAGGAUGUAGGAGGAAGUGACUUGUUACUUUCCUAGCAUUUGUUUUGAUGAACUGAGGAAAAUUGUGAAGAAAUCUGUUAGAAUAUUAGCUCCAUAGAUUGUGUUUCAAACUGAGGACAUUCCUCAUUUGAAUCAAGUAUGCUGGUUAUUAUACAGAUGCAGCAGUGUCAUUUUUACUCAAAAAUAUAGGGGGACCAUAUUUGCAUGUAAUAUCAGAAAGUCACCAUGAAAGCUGACUCAAGAGAUAAGGCUUCUGACUUGUAUUCAGGAAGUUCUAGAUUUAAAUCUCACUUUGGGUACUGACUGCCCUGACUUAAAGUUCUUGUGGUUUUUAUCAGUCCCUCCAAACAAAUGUCAAGAUAAUGCCUUAAGUUUUAUCAUGAGCGUUUUCUUCCACACCCUUUUCACUUCGUUAUUCAAAAUCAUCCAGUCAAUCAAUGCUGUAUGGUCUUGGGUUAUUGAUAGCUUUGUUAAAUAAGCUACUAAUAAACAAAUAAAUAAAGCCAGAGUCAAGAAGGCUAUUUAUUUUCAAAUAAUUUAUGUGAAGAUUAUUAACAGUUAAAUUGACAGUCUUGACUUCGUUCUAAUAUAAAUUUUAUUUACAUGAGCAAACAGUAAGUUCUGGGAAGGAGAAGUUAUGAUACCUGUUUCCUUCUGAUGCAUCAGUAAUGUUGAGGAUAGCAAGAAUUAUAAAUUAGCAAGCCUCUUAUACCUGUAUAGCCAUCCAUUUCUGAUUACAAUUCACUGUAGUAAAAAUUAAGGUCUUGCAUGUCAUACUGCAAUAUCAAAGUUUAAUGCCAUCAUCAUAUUUUUAAUUGUCAAAAACCUAAAGUUGCCUAUUAAGAUGUGUGAGAGAGUGAAGCUAACAUUUGCUAGUAGAUGCAGAUGACUGGUCAACAUUGUACUGUGCCUACAUUUUACCCCCUUGGGGGAGAGGCUUCAGUACCCAUUGGAUAGGAAGUUGGAUGGACACUAAUGCUAGUUUAAACAUAAUGGGGAAGAGAAAGCAUCCUGUCACUGCUAGAUAUUGAAACACAUUUGGCUACCUAAUGGUCAGAGAGCAUAGUGACUGAACUUUCCUAGUUCAUAUUUGCAAUUGUUAACACAUAAAGAACAGUUCAUAUUGCAUUUAUAAGUAUAUUUAUUGUCUAUCUGCAUACAAAUUAUCUCCAGUAGUUCAUUAGCUAUCACCAUUAAUCCAACACCUCUAUAUAAAUUAUGUUCAGCCACAAUAUUGUAUUACAUUCUACAAAAAAGAAUCAUGAGAAAAGUUGCACAUUUUUCAAAGGUCUGUCACUACACAGUUUCACGUUCCCAUACUAUGGUGCCAGUAAUAAUGCUAGUACUAUUCUACUCAUAAGUUACCAUGUUGGUAUCACUGAGAGUAGGAAAUUUAGAACACACAAAUUGAGUGUGGUCCCCAGUGGCUGACAUUUAUAUCAGGUUACAUGAAAAUCUAUCAAUUGGCUGAAAACCUAAUUUGGGGAGGAGGGGGGUCAGAGUGUCAGGUAUACGAAGGUGAUAAUGGGUACAUGAGAACAUCAUAAAACUUGGAAAUACAUCCCUCCAUGCUGGGUGAAAUAUAUCAGGGCAUGUCCCUCUGCACUAAGGCUGGUAAAAUAAACUUUAUAUUGGAAAUGUUACAAUAAAUCUAGUAUUCUUUUAAAUAGUAAUCAAGAUUUAAUUUUGAGCAAUAUCUUUAUAACUUAGUUCAACUACAUUGCUAUAAUCUGAAAAUUAUAGAAGUAGUGGCUAAGGAUUAUUUUUAAUUAGCAAUUGUAGUGCGAACUACUGUAUUCAGCCAUCUUUCUUUCAUAUGGCUCCUCUGAAUUCCAGGUUUAGGGAUGCACAUUUGAUAGCAUAAUGAUGUUGAGGAUUAUUAAUGACAGUCCCUCUAUGAAGAUAAAUGCAGUGAAACGCCUUUAUAGAAUUUUGCUGGAGACAAAGAAUUUUGAAAUGUGAGGAAAACAAUCUCUAUUAGUAAGAUUUGAGGCUUUCUUCAAUCUCUGUUAGAUUUCUCUAGUAUCUGAACACAAAUGGUCAGCAUUUCAUCCUUCCACACCAUCCUUCCCUCCUACCCCAAGUAGCUGAAUAUGCCAUUAAAUCUUAUUCUCAGCAAGUUCUUUCCAAUUAACAUUUCCAUAACCAGUUUUCAUAAGAUUGAUUUUAAUAUUACUCUAACCUGUCUGUCUCAGUUUUCCAUGAUUCAGUUUAUUAUCCUAUCUGCAUUUUUUGUUUUAUCCAUCAGUCACUCAUCAGAACAUCUAAAAAAUAUAUUUACUUUAUGUAAUCAAGAUAUGAGAAAAAUUUGUUCUGCCUUAUUUGUAUGUAUGAAUGAAUGUAUAAGGGGUGGGCCUUCUCAGCCCUUGCACCGCGACCUACAGUGGUCUAUUGAUGGGAGUUUAAUAGAAAUGUUACCAUAGAUCGAGGUAAAAUACAAACCCACCUAUAGUUAGAAUUACAUGAAAUGUACCAGCUGGGCUGCCAAGACUCAAGUUAGACAACUGGUAAAAUUUUAAAAUGUUGGCCACUCUAUAAAUAUGUAAUUAAUACUUUCUUAGUGUUUAUGAAUGUGGUGAACACCAGGUUCAGAAUCCAUGUUAGACUGUCAGCCCUAUCUGUUGGGCACAAGCUUCCUUACCACCCCAUUAAUGGGACAAACCAGAAUCAUAUACGGAUUACAUUAGCAGGCAUGAGAAAUAAAGAGAUUAUAACUGGAAGCAUUAGAAGAGAAAUGGGUCCCUAUAAAUACUGUUAUCCCUAUGACUUACUCAGGUUUACUGUAAUUUGUUGUCAUGUUUCACCACUGGUUAGAACUACAGAUUGAAUAUGACAUUUAUUUUUCUUGCUUUGCUAGUAUUUCUCCUUUCUAUAUUAAUAGUGCUACUACUGUCAGUCUGAUAUUUAAAUUGUUUCAAUUAUUCUUGUGUUGCUGUAUCAUCAUAAACUAAUAGGGAAAUAAAUGUUAUUAACUUCA